GUGCUAUGAUUUUAUAGAUAUGUAGUGUGAAUAAAAUGUAUUUUAUUAUGCUUAUUUAAGUAACUAGUGAAAUUAAAUUUUGAAAUGCAUACAGUGUGAAAUUCAAGAAACUUGAUAGUUAAACGAUUAGUUAGUUUUAAUUUUACAGUUUGGCUAAAGUUAGACGAAGCAAAACAAAUAAAGAAGUAUGUGAAGAAGAAAUAUCAAUUAUUUAAAAGUGUGAAAAAGCUAUUGCCAUGGCUGAGGUAUUGGUGGCGAACAUGUUGAUAUUAAAGCCCCACCAUUAGUUUUCCUACGCAUUGGGGGGUGGGGCGCGGGGUUGGUGUACCCGUGCCCCCGCCCGGAGACCUCUUGGCCACUAUUAGUAUGUUUGAGCAACAGAUCAAAUCAGAACCGAUGAGUUUUUAUUCAUGCCCUCCACCAACACAUCCACGAAUAGAAAAUUCAGAACAUUCCGUAAUAAACAUUUCAUCUGAUAAUUCUGCAAAAGAUGCUAUGGUGCAGCAAAUUUCUGUAAACACAAAUGAAAAACUACAGUACGCUAUUGAGCAAAAUCAGCAAUCAUCCCAAAAUUCUGCGAAUACACAAAUCAAUCAAAUAAAUCAAGUAAAUCAGGAAUCUCAAAUUGGACAAGUUAUUAAUCAAGUUAAUCCUGCUGUUAUACAGUCAAAUCAAAUUGGCCAACAUGAUAUGGAAAAUGUAAAUCACGAUGAAGGGCAUGAUGGUCAUCUUACAGCAAAAACUGAACUCAAUUCUCGGAACAAACCACAAGCCUGCAAAAUUUGUGGGAAAAUCUUAUCCUCUGCUUCUUCAUAUUAUGUACAUAUGAAAUUGCAUUCGGGAAACAAGCCAUUUCAGUGUACUGUUUGUGAUGCAGCAUUUUGCCGAAAACCUUAUCUUGAGGUACAUAUGCGCACUCAUACAGGUGAAAGGCCAUUUCAGUGUGAUGUAUGCAAUAAACGGUUUACACAAAAGUCUUCACUAAAUACUCACAAAAGGGUUCAUACAGGUGAGCGGCCCUACCAGUGUGCAAGUUGUCUCAAGACUUUCAGUCAGAAGUGCGCACUUCAUUUACAUGAGAAAAUUCAUACUGGUUACUGGUCGUUGAACAAGCCUUUCCAGUGUACGCAAUGCGAUUCGGCAUUCUGUCGGAAGCCCUACCUGGACAUUCACAUGCGCACCCACACCGGUGAGAGACCCUUCCAGUGCGACAUCUGUAUGAAGCGGUUUACACAGAAAUCUUCGUUGAACAUCCAUAAAAGGAUCCAUACAGGUCUGUGGCAACGCUGCUCCUGUGGUAAAAUGAUAGAAAUUUGUCGAAAGGUUGACAGAAAUCUCGCAGGAAAUAACAGCAACGAGAAAUUACCCAUGAUGCCCGGGUCGGUCGAUGACAAUUCAGAUUGCGCCUCGUCGAAGAACGGAACCGACGCGACAAAUCAAGACGACGCAGACUUAGACGAUGACAUGGAAAACGAGGACGAAGACGACAUGGACGAUGCCUCUGAUGAGGAUGACGCCUCUGACGUUGACAAACCUGAUUCAGACAGUAGGGUAGACUCAAUAGCUGCCGUGCAAGGCAGGCCUUUCCAAUGUGUUCAAUGCCCCGCGGCCUUUUGCCGGAAACCCUACUUGGACAUCCACAUGCGCACGCACACCGGCGAACGGCCUUUUCAAUGCGAACACUGCAUGAAGCGAUUCAGCCAAAAAUCAUCACUUAAUAUCCACAAACGUAUACACACAGGUGAACGUCCUUAUGCUUGUGAUAUUUGCCAGAAAAGGUUUGCUGUGAAAAGUUACGUUACCGCACACAGAUGGUCCCAUGUGGCAGAGAAGCCUUUGAACUGCGACCGAUGUACCAUGACGUUCACAUCCAAAUCCCAAUUUGCAAUUCACAUCCGGACACAUUCAGCCGGCCAAAGUUAUGAAUGCACUAUAUGUGGACGGACAUUUGUCAGAGAUUCUUAUCUUAUAAGGCAUCACAACCGAGUACAUCGAGAUGCAACCCUCAACGUCAAUAGCGCUGCCAGUAAUAGUUCAUCCUACGAUUCCCAGUCCGUGUGCGAUUUGAGGUUUAGUAAUUCGCAAGAUCACCAUCAACAACAGCCCAAUCAUGACGAAGGCUCACAGGAUUUACAAACUCAAAAUGAUAAACCUGGUUCACCGUCAAGUGUCCAACGAGGGCAAAUGUUACAGCAGACACCCAGCGAUUCACCACAGUCACCACAUAAUGAAGAAAGAAGGCCCCAGCAAAUACUACAACCGCAAAAUGGAAGAUUGGUUCAUAUGCCGGGUGCUCUUGUCGCCUCUGAUGAACUAUUGGGCGCAAUCCAGAGGUCCAUGUCUGGUACAUUGGUAUCAGCUACCGAAGCCACUUUGCGCAACAUGCCAAUGACGGUCGUCAGUAACGGCUGCAUAGAUCGACCGGUAUCGGUGCCUAUUUGCAUGGCAGCCCCCUCAAGUGGGAGCACAUUACUGCAAGUCAAUAUGCCUUCUCCAUCUCAACAAAUGGCCAGAAAUCAGUAUCGAAGUCCGCCUCGAGAACAACGGUAA